GUGUCGGUUCAACAGUGCCCGAACUAGUCGAGAACUAGGAACGAGGAAGCGCGAAUUAAAGCAGCAACAAAAAUUUGUUAAAAUGUUGCACCACCUAGUCGCUGUUUUGCUGAUUGUGGGCGCCAGCGCCCAAAACAAAGACAAGGAGGAGUUCCAAUGUCCAUCGAACUUGGCGAAUGGCAACUAUGCAGAUCCUGCGACCUGUCGCCGUUUCUAUCAGUGCGUCGAUGGCUUUCCGUAUUUGAAUCGCUGCCCAUCCGGCCUGUACUUCGAUGAUGUGCAAAAGUUCUGCACAUUCAAGGAUGAAGCCAAAUGUGGACCGCUUGCAACAACACCUGCACCGGCGACGGAUGCGCCCGCGGACACCGCCCAACGUUGCAACACGGAAGAGUGCCAGCUACCCUACUGCUUCUGCUCGAAAGAUGGAACACAGAUACCCGGCGAACUGGAAGCCGAAAAGAUACCCCAAAUUAUAAUGUUGACUUUUGAUGGUGCUGUGAAUUUAAAUAACUAUGAUCAUUACCAAAAGAUAUUUAAUGGAAAGCGUAAGAAUCCCAAUGGCUGCAACAUUCGCGGCACGUUCUUCCUGUCGCACGAGUACAGCAACUAUCAACAGAUUCAACACUUGGGCUAUGCUGGUCAUGAGAUUGCAACCGAAAGUAUUUCACAACAACUCGGACUGCAGGACAAGGGCUAUGAGGAGUGGGUGGGCGAAAUGAUUGGCAUGCGUGAAAUUUUGCGUCAUUUUGCUAAUGUGUCUGUCAACGAUGUGGUCGGCAUGCGUGCCCCAUUCCUCAAACCAGGACGCAACACACAAUACAAGGUUCUGGAAGACUUCGGCUACAUCUAUGACAGUUCAAUUACCGUGCCACCAGUAGCUGUGCCCGUGUGGCCCUACACUCUAGAUUUUAAAAUUUCGCAUGAGUGUAAGAGCGGCACAUGCCCGUCCCGCACAUUCCCUGGCGUGUGGGAGGUGCCCCUAAAUACGCACUAUGUGGAGGGCUAUGAGGGCGGUCACUGCCCCUAUUUGGAUCAAUGUGUUCUGCAUAACCUAGAUGAGAAUGAAGUGUUCGAGUGGCUGCAGGAGGACUUCUCGCGUUACUAUGAACAGAAUAAGGCACCCUACAUGAUGCCAUUCCAUACCAAUUGGUUCCAGACCAAGCCCCUCGAGAAUGGGUUGCACAAGUUCUUGGACUGGGCGCUCGAACUGCCCGACGUCUACAUCCUAACGGUUACGCAAAUGUUGCAGUACAUGACCGAUCCCAAGGAGCUGCGCGACAUCGGCCAGAUUGAGGCCUGGAAAUGUGACAAGAAUGUUGCAGUGGCACCCAAGCCCUGUAACAUUUGGAGCACCUGCGCGCUUUCCUUCAAGAUACCCGAACAAAAUCUAACAGAUACACGCUACAUGGAAACCUGUCGCGAGUGUCCCAAUGUCUAUCCCUGGCUGGGCGACGCCGGUGGUACAGGUAUAUCGGGUAAAGAUAACUAUAUCUUCUCCGGCCCCAGCACCGAUACGGAGGACGCGGCUGCUGUUCAAUAGAAAGUAAAUCAGACAUCUCUCUGUGUGUUCUCUGUUCUAGCAUGUCUAUUUUCUAUCUAUCUAUCUAUAACUAUAUAUAUUUUUUCUACAUAACACCUGCCAGUCUGCCAACAGCAAAAAUGAUUUAUUUUUUCCCCAACCUCUCUUUUAGUGUUUCAACCAAUUUUUUUUGUUUCUAUUUCAAACACUU